GUGACUAUGUCUUCUACAUAAACUUCUCAGACCUUAUUUGUUGAGACAGUCGCGAAAGAAAGAUCUCGUGUGCCACGAUGUCUCACUCCCCCGACGUUCGCGCCUAUGCGCAAUUGGCAGGUGCCCUCGCUUUGGGAUUGGGAACAGUCUACAUUUUGCUCAAGCUCGCUCGUGAGGGUCUUCAUCGUCUGUUCCCCAGCUACAUUCCAGGCGAACCCAACACUGCUCUUUUGGCAUCUCCUCGUCCCAAUGCCGGCGAGGUCUCCGCCAAGGAUCUUGAGAAUGCUCGCGAAUACGAUUAUGUGAUCAUUGGUACUGGUACCGCUGGCUGUGUCCUCGCCAGUCGCUUGACUGAAGAUGCCAACUCGUCUGUCCUUGCCAUUGAGGCCGGCCACUCUGAUUUGAAGCAAUUAUUCUCUCGCAUUCCCGCUGGAUUCGGACGUCUCUUUGGAACCUCCGCAGAUUGGAAUUUCUACACUGAGAAGGAUCCUGGAUGCAAUGAUCGCAAGCUGUACUGGCCUCGCGGCAAGAUGCUUGGCGGAUGCAGCUCAAUCAACGCGAUGAUUUACAAUAAAGGUGCUCCGGCUGACUUCAAUGAAUGGGAAUCCCUCGGCAACAAAGGAUGGGCAUAUUCAAGUGUUUCUAAGUACAUGAAGAAGGCCGAAACCUUCGAUCACAGCGAGCGAUCAGCCCUGACUCAAGAAGACGUCAAGGAACACGGUUCCAAUGGUCCCUGGAAGACCGGCUACUCUCACCUUGCCCCUCUUUCCAAACUUUUCAUCGACGCCUGUCAGGCUGUUGGCAUUCCCGCAACACCAGACUGGAACACUUCAAAGGGCAUGGUCGGCUCAUCGCAAUUUCAAACUUUCAUCGACCCUCAAGGCCAACGAUCCUCCACUGCUGUCGCUUACCUCACAGAAAAUGUUGCGCGCCGCCCGAACCUCUCCAUCGCCACUGGCCAGACCGUGACCAAGAUCAUCUUCGACAACUCGUCCGGCAAGCCACGCGCUGUAGGUGUGGAGAUGGCCGCAUCGUCUGUCAGCCCCAUCCGUUACAUCGUGAAGGCGAGAAAGGAAGUCAUUCUGUCUGCCGGCGCCAUUGGUACGCCACAAGUGCUCAAGCUCUCCGGUGUCGGCCCCUCCAACGAGUUGAAGCAGCACGGCAUUCAGGUCGUAAAGGAUGUUCCCGGUGUAGGCGCAAACCUUGCUGACCACUUGUGCGGUAUUGUCUGCUUUGAAACCAAGGCCAAGUCCAUGCAGUUCCUCUUCCACCCAACCAAAAGCUUGCCUGCCCUCAUUGAGUGGAUUAGGUUUGGAAAGGGCGCCAUGACUUCUAAUGCAGCUGAAUCUGGUGCCUUCAUCCGUGUCGCCGACCGGGAGGAUGCACCUGAGUCUUUGAAGAAGAAUGAUCUCUCCGCCGGCCCCGGUUCCGUGGAUCUAGAGCUUCUGAUCGGUCCCUUGUCAUACAUCGAGCACGGAAAGGUUAUCGCACCUAUGGAUCGUGACUUUUUCUCCGUCGGCCCCAUCAUGCUGCGCCCCGAAUCCCGCGGCACUGUGACGCUCAAGACCACCUCGCCAUUCGACGCUCCCCUCAUCCACGCCAACUACCUCUCCACCAAGCACGACUGCGACAUGAUGGUUUACGGCCUAAACCUCUGCCGCAAGAUUGCCCAUUCGGAAUACUUCAAGCCUGCAUUCAAGGAGUGGUACUUCCCUUCCAAGGACGUCGAGACCAUGUCUGACGAGCAGCUCCUUGAGGUUCUCCGCAACCAUUCCCAGACCAUCUACCACCCCAUGUGCACUGCGAAGAUGGGUCCGUCCAGCGACAAGGAUGCCGUUGUUGAUGAGAAUCUCAAGGUGCACGGCAUUGAUGGUCUGAGAAUUGUCGACGCGAGUAUUUUCCCAAAGCCGGUUGCCUGCCAUCCGUGCGCGCCGGUGGUCAUGGUUGCUGAGCGAGCGGCGGAUCUGAUCAAGGGUGUUGCGUAAACAUCACUUGAUUUAUGUGCUCGGGAUUCCCGCCUUCUACUUCUCCUCUAAAGGGAAAGUGAUUUGAAAAUGAUGCCAUUUAUGAUCUACAUGAUUGAGUCAUCUGCCACCAUAUCUACUAUAUAAAUACAAUUGGUCUCGCCGAUGAUGCAGAAUUUUAGCGAAGUCAGCUCGGUCCUUGG